GUGUAGCCCGUUCAGUCUCAUCGGCCACUCAGCACCACACAACGAACGGCGAUGGGGAGAGAGAAGCACGCGAUGGAUUCCGUGGCCGUCGUGGCGGUGCCGUUCCCGGCGCAGGGCCACCUCAACCAGCUGCUGCACCUGUCGCUGCAGCUGGCGUCGCGCGGCCUGGGCGUGCACUACGCCGCGGCGGCGCAGCACGUCCGGCAGGCGCGCACGCGCGUGCACGGCUGGGGCGACGAGGCGCUCCGCUCGAUCCACUUCCACGACCUCGGCAUCGCCAGCUACGUCUCGCCGCCUCCAGACCCCGCCGCCGACUCGCCCUUCCCCUCCCACCUCAUGCCCCUCUUCAAGGCCUACACCGCCAGCGCGCGCGCCCCGCUCGCGGCCCUCCUCCAGGACCUCUCCGGUUCCUGCCGCCGCGUGGUCGUAGUGCACGACCGCAUCAACGCCUUCGCCGCCGAGGAGGCCGCGCGGCUGCCCAACGGCGAGGCGUUCGGGCUCAACUGCGUGGCCGUCUCCAUGCUCGUCGGAAGAAUCGACGCCGACCACCGGCUACUGCGUCAGAACGGCGUCGUCUUCGGCGCCGUCGAGCGCUAUGCGACCAAGGAGUUCAUAGAGUACGCCAACCGGGCCAGACCGGCGAAGCACAUCUCGACCGGCGCGGGCAUCCUGGCAAACACGUGCCGCGCGCUGGAGGGUGAUUUCAUCGACGUCGUCGCCGGGCACCUGGCCGCCGACGGCAAGAAGCUCUUCGCCAUCGGGCCGUUAAACCCACUGCUCCACGACAGCGCGCCGAGGCAGAGCAAGCAGCGCCACGAGUGCCUGAACUGGCUGGACGAGCAGCCUCCGGCGUCGGUGCUGUAUGUGUCCUUCGGCACCACGUCGUCCCUGCGAGCCGAGCAAAUUGAAGAGCUCGCAGCAGCACUGCGCGGCAGCAACCAACGGUUCAUAUGGGUGCUGCGCGACGCAGACCGCGGCGACAUAUUUGCCGAGGCCGGCGAGAGCCGCCACGACAAGUUCCUAUCAGAGUUCACCAAGCAGACGGAAGGGACGGGGCUGGUGGUCACCGGGUGGGCGCCGCAGCUGGAGAUCCUAGCGCACAGCGCCACGGCGGCGUUCAUGAGCCACUGUGGCUGGAACUCGACCAUGGAGAGCAUGAGCCACGGCAAGCCGAUUCUGGCAUGGCCCAUGCACUGCGACCAGCCGUGGGACGCGGAGCUUGUCUGCAACUACCUCAAGGCCGGCGUCCUCGUGCGGCCAUGGGAGAAGCACGGCGAGGUGGUCACGGCGAAGGCCAUACAGGAAGUCAUCGAGGAGGCCAUGCUCUCCGACAAAGGAAUGGCCAUGCGGCAACGGGCAAGUGCGCUCGGGGAGGCCGUCCGCGCCUCCGUGGUUGACGGCGGUUCGUCGCGCAAGGACCUAGAUGAUUUCACUGCUCACAUCACAAGGUGAUCGACAAAAUGCCAUCUGGGACGAUGGCCUUUCACGCCGACACAGUUUCUACCUGCUGAUGGUACACUGUCCGAUAUGUAGUUCUUCACUAUUGGUGAAUCCAAAAAUAAAAUUAUAGGUUGCAAUAGCAGUUGCUGAUGCGAAGCUGCACCAACGGAACAUUUUUCUGAACUUCUUUUAGGUUCUUUCUGCUGGUAAAAGUUGGGAUUGCCAUAGAGAUGCUUUGAGAACACAAAGUUUAUUA